AUGCCACGCAGCCGGUGGAUCGACAAGAAGAGCGCACAAACAUUCCAUCUCCUCUACCGCCCGCAGACCGACGAGGCCCUCCACGAUGAAACCGCUGGUGAACGGGCACUGUACCAGAUCUCCGGACCUGGGUCCUCGUCACAGCACAAGCCCGAGCUGAAAGAAGGCCUGCACUUGAAAGACCUAGAAGAUGACCUUGACUUUGAGGAUAUGCGAGAGAAUGAGGGCGAGGCAGCAGAGUAUGGCAUCUACUUCGACGACACAAAGUAUGACUACAUGCAACAUCUGCGAGAUAUUGGCGAUGGAGCGACAGAGGCGCAGUUUGUGGAAGCCGUGCCGGUCAAAGUACAAGGCAACGGGAAAGGCAAAACGAAGGCGAUGAAAUUGGAGGACGCGUUGCGAGAAUUGUCGGUCGAUGACGCCCGGAGCGUGGCGGGCAGUGAGGAUUUUUCGACUUUUUCUACGGCGACGAGGACGAGGACGUAUCAAAACCAGCAGGAUGUGCCCGACGAAAUCGCCGGAUUCCAACCUGACAUGGACCCGAGGCUCAGAGAAGUCCUGGAGGCUCUCGACGAUGAUGCAUAUGUGGAUGAGACGGACGAGGAAGAUGUCUUCGGCGCCCUUGCUAAGGAAGGUCGAAACGGUGAACUUGACCUUGACGAGUUCGCGGCAACUUUCGAUGAGGACGACCAAGGCUGGGAGUCAGAUGUGACGGAGAAAGCAUCCGAACAGCCAUCGCAAUUGAAGCUUCCCGCACCAAACCCAGCCCUGGAAGGCGUAGAUCAUACGUCCGAAUUGCCAGCAGCAGCCGCAGAAGCAGCCGUCGCAGCAGACGGAGACUGGCUGCGAGACUUUGCCAAGUUCAAGCGCGACAGUGCUCGGAAAGCGCCUCCAAAAGCCGCAGAGUCGAUCAUUGCCGCCUCUGCAAUUCAGGACAAGGCUCCCUCGCUGUACACAUUGAACGGCACUCCCUUGCGCCAGAAGAAGCGGAAAGGCGCCCUCACGAAUCCCAGUGCCUACUCCAUGACGUCGUCAUCGCUGGCUAGAACGGCUGGUCAGCAGUUGCUUGACGCUCGGUUCGACCAAGUCGAGAAAAUGUACUCCCUGGACGAGGGCGACGAGUUCGACGACGCUGAUGGCGGCGUGUCGUUAGCGUCCGGCAUGACAGGGAUGACAGGUGCGUCCAAGAUGUCGAAAAUGUCACAGCUUUCAACCACCAGCUUCGCGGACGAAGGCGCUGUGAGAGCAGAUUUCGACAGCAUGAUGGAUGGCUUCCUUGGCGAUUGGAAUAAAGCCAACCCUGGUGGUGGAAAACGCAGAGGAGCCAAGGCCAAGCGAGGCAAGAAUGGGAACGAGAAAUUCGGGCUCCAGCAGCUAGAUGAAGUCCGGGCAGAGCUGGGCCCUGCAAGGAUCUACCAGCGCACGACAAAGACAUGA